CUUUUCUUAACCAAUAUCUAUUUAGGAUAAGUAGAAUAUUUUAUCUAUUCGAGAUGGUCCGCCUCAGGAUUCCCAGGAUUCGUGAUCCUCCUUAAUAGACAGGACAGUCGAAUUAGCACUUUUUUUUUCAAUUGGAUGAGAUCGGUCGAGUGUUCUCUGGUUUUUGAGUAGAAAACGGUAAAUUUCCCCUCAUUAGAAAGGGGUAGAGGGGAUCCGUAUAUGUUGUUCAGGUCGAUCUGAAGGCGCAGAAAUAGCUAGAACUGAAUGCGGAAAGUAUGGAAAAACAUCUCGUAAUGUAUUUAACCAGAAAAUCGAUUAUGCUUCCGCGGAAGUAUCUACUCGUUACGGAAUCUCAGGUGUCAAAGUGUGGAUUUCAUAUAGUAAAAAAAAAAAGGGACGUGCUAUAUCCGAAACGUACGAAAUUUAGUAAAUAUCGUAAAGGCAGAUGUAGUAGGGGUUGCGAACCAGACGGAACAAAACUAGGUUUUGGAAGAUAUGGCACUCAAAGUUGUAGAGCUGGUCGUCUUUCAUAUCGAGCCAUUGAAGCAGCGCGUCGGGCUAUAAUCGGACACUUCCAUCGUGCUAUGAGCGGACAAUCGAAAAAUGGUAAGAUAUGGGUAAGAGUUUUCGCGGAUAUCCCUAUUACCGGGAAACCUACAGAAGUCAGAAUGGGAAGAGGAAAGGGAAAUCCUACGGGUUGGAUUGCUCGUGUGUCCACGGGACAAGUCCUAUUUGAAAUGGAUGGUGUGAAUUUUGCAAAUGCUCGACAAGCCGCUACAUUAGCGGCGCAUAAACCAUGUUCGUCAACCAAGUUUGUUAAGUGGUCGUAACGUAAUUGGUUAGUGGGGAAAAACCGGGCCGGGAUUCAAAAGAAUUAGGCGAAGGGUGGGGGGUCGGGCCCUCCUUUGCAUUAUGUCAGUUGGGCCUCCCCGGGUGUUUUUCCUUCCUUAUUUGUUUAGGAUUUUGGUUCCUUAUUACCGAAGGAGCCUCUGUGGUUCCUUGGAUGGCAACUGGGACAAAUUCAGGGAACAGUGGCUCGGAGAGUUGGCUAAAAUACCUUAACCGGUCACCAUCAGGUGAGGGUACGGAAAAUAGCGAAGCCGAGCCCGCUUCAAGAAACCCGGAGGCACGAGACAGUGAUCCCAGGGAAGAAAUAGGGCCUUCCUCGGUAAGGCAGCGAGUGGAUUCGGCGAACGCUGCCGGAGCAGGGGAGAAUGUGGUGGGCCCAUCACACAUCACAACAGGCUCCCAAUCCCCUUUAAGGUACAGGGGUGCCGGAAGCCCCUGAUCCGAUGUGGUUGAAAAACCGCAUUGAAAAAGUUUUCUUUAUAAUAAAAGGUAGGAAACCAAGGAAGGACAUGCUCCAGAAGCUUUUUGACGAUCUUAGACUGGAAACGGCUUCUCCGCUCAAACUGCAGCAAAUCUUAAGAAUUCUCGAACAAAUGAAAUGGAAUUCUAGCCUUAAAGGUCGAGAUUUCAGACUCGAUCUGGAAUUAGGUCACCGCGUCCACGAUUGGGAAAGGGAGCAAAGGCACUUCCCAAACCCCGUGGACGACGUACCAUGAUACUUUCUGUUUUUAACUGUUUACGGGUGGCACUCAGAAAACCGGGGUGCCGCCCUAAUGACCGAUUGGGAGGGACCGCCGCAUUCGGUCAUUAGGGCGGGCAGACCUCGAAUCGUUGGAUCCGGUAGGUAAAAAAAAGGGUAGCCCCAGCUUGGGGCUGGAUUGAAUCCGAAGUUUAGGUUUAGAGUUGGAUUAGCCAAGGGGUAAGAAUUCAAUGCUUGGCUUAUGGCCUGGAUGCUUUAGAGCAGACAGAGUUGGAUUAGAACGUUUUCAUGGUGCGCUCAUUUCGAAUUGUAUUUCUCUUUGACCGAGUUAAGUAAAUUCCGUUUGUGUGGCACGAGAGAUGUAAAAGUAAAUUGAGUAUCGAGGAUAUGCGGAUGAUUUAUACUAUACGAAAUUCCUAAGGCACCAAGGGCUAUUCAAUAAGGGCAACGAAGCAGUGUAGCUCUUAUUUGGUGAAUCCCUGUGUAGCUAGUAGAUCGGGGAAAGAAAGAACUUAACCACUGCGUUGUAGGGGAACAAUACCCAGUGGUGGGGUAGCUACUAUUGGGUGAAUACCUCCAUCUGUUCAUCCCGGCAGUUUCUGGUUCUAAUUCCUGUAUUUCAUUCCGGUAGGUAAGGGAAACCUGUGGUAGCGAGACGGUUUCGGCAACAAACUCCUAUCAGUCCCUCUUUCGGUUGUUAGCAGCCUCGGCUAUCAUGGAAAUUUUUUGUAUUGGCUGUUGAUGGGAAAAUACUUAUUGUCCUGGAGGAUAGACGAGCAGGUAAUAGCAGUUUGACUGGGAAUAUUCCUUGCUUACCGGCUGUUGGAUGGAGGGAGUUGAUGGCAUUCUUCCUGGGUUAGUGGAUUUAGGAGCUAUUUAUCCUAAUCCUACACUGCUUUGUUGGAUUCCGACGGCUAUUAAUCCGCCUUUGUGGCUCUUUGGUAAUGGAAAAACAUCCUUCCCAACUUGCCUUUGUUUAGUAUUAGUACCCCUAGGUACUUCAAAAAUGAAAGGGGUCUUCCUCCUCAAGUCGGUUAUCCGUAUCGGUGAAAUGACUAUAUCCUUAACACAUACACUUCGGUAGAGUUUCCCAACGCGAAAUAGGCUAGCGCGGAUCCCUCUCUCCUGUUAAGUACCUACCCGUGAGAUUAGAGCAGAUUCGCUUGUCGUUGUAUUGUGUCACAUCGACUGCACUUUAUUAAUCCGCUAUCGGUUGAAUCUCAUAUCAACAGAUUCUGAAAGAACUUGUUGAAAAGGAGGAAUCCCAACGUUGAGUCAGAGCUAGAGUUAAAAACAAAUCCCUUUUCAACCUUACGGACUUCUUUUCUUGUGCGCGAACGAUCAAAGAAAGUCCUAUCUAAUGAUGCAACAGCAUCCAAGGAAGAAGAAGCAAGGCAAGUGAACUUGAAGCAAGAACUCUUAGGCAAGCAAGGAGGGGCGUUGCGGUAAGAUCAAUGUAUAGUAUAGCAUCAGUGUUAUCUUUCUUCAAAGCUCUAUCCACUUUGUCACAUCAUGGAUUGCUUUGGCUAUUAUAGGAUACACCUUUAUUAUAUCCUUUCAGUUUAUGGCGCGACAUUUCCUACAUCUCAAAAUGACUGGAUAUUGGACUUCCCACCAAGAUCUAGACUCCAAUCCAAUCCGAAUUGACUCGUCACGGAAGUUGCCUUGCUUUUUCUUUCUCUAGCUCUAGAUCUAGGGAUUAGCAGGUUGGCUUAAUCUAAACUUACUUACUAUAAGAAGAUCGCUUCAGAGGUCUUUGUAAGUGUUAGAGGUGAUUGGUUUUUUUACGAUAUGGCUCGCUUUUGGGAGGUAGACUUGGGCAGCAAGCUAUCUGUUACCGGAAAGCAAAAGUAGCUCGAGCCAAAGGCGACUGCGAGGCCCCCCGCUAAGCGGGGGGGAGGGGGAAAGUGGGUUUAGAGGGCUCCCCCACCAUUAGGAAUCUUGCCUUACAGAAGGUUAAUGAGGGCACGUAACGAUGCGCCGGGAAGGUAUAGAGUCGCCCCCAAGAUGAAAGGGAGAUUGGUGCCGGUUACGCUUUUAGUGAGGAGACAGGAGCUCUAGAGCUUAGAGAUGUCCCCUAGGCCAGACAGAGGUCUAGGGGGAGUCCGGAAAGAGGACUCUUUUCGUUUAGCCGGCGGGCCCGCAGAUGUCAAAAGGCUUAGGCUUUCGAACUGCGUAACAAAAGAAACUCUAUUGAGGGAAGAAUAGGCUUGAUGCGAGCCGUGCCAGUUCGAGUCUGGCGAGUUGCUUCUAGCUCCUGCCUUGCCUAUGAGGAAGGCUUUUCGCUACAGACUAUUCUGGAUACUCAAGAAAUAGCCUUUCUAAUAGAAACCAUACCGCUCCUCCGUUUUCUUCUGGUAAAGGGUCGGAAUCAGUCCACGACUGAGUUCCUUCUUAAAAAGAUCUCCGGUUUUAAUUCAACCAAGG